ACUCCAAUGCAGAAGCUAGGGAAGCAGGACCCGGCGCUCAGCGUGCCUACGGGCUCGCUGAACAAUUCGGCGGGAGAGUCGGCACCGGGUCCUCGAUCGACGUUCCGCGUAGGCGUCACCGAGGAUAAAAACAAGAAAUGUAGACGCACGAUGGAGGAUACGCAUGCCUACUUGUACAACUUCCUCAGCACGCCAGCUCCAUCUCUUGCCUCAGACACCAGCUCGCAGAAGAACAGCUCGCUCGCUCAAUCGCAAUCCCGUGACUCGAACGUGUCCCAGCAAAGCGUUGUUGAGACGGAUAAUGGAUACUUUGCCAUUUUCGACGGUCACGCUGGCACAUUCGCGGCCGAGUGGUGUGGAAAGAAAGUGCAUGUCCUUCUCGAGGACAUUAUACGCAAGAACCCGAACACGCCGAUACCUGAAUUGCUAGACAUGACCUUCACGACAGUGGAUCAGCAGUUGGAGAAGCUGCCUUUGAAGAACAGUGGUUGCACAGCGGUUAUAGCAGUGCUUCGCUGGGAGGAUCGCGUGCCUAAUUCGCAGUCUGCUACAGGCUCCACUGCACUUGCUCCUGCAACUGCGCAGACUGGAAACGCGGAGCAGACAAUUCAGCAAGGUGAGCCGAGGAGGCACGUACCGCAAACUGGCAGGAGGCUAAUUUUAUCAGCAACCCGGCAGCGGGUACUCUAUACUGCCAAUGUCGGUGACGCUCGCAUCAUUCUCUGUCGCAAUGGCAAAGCCCUCCGUCUCUCGUACGACCACAAGGGUAGCGACGAGAAUGAAGGCAAGCGAAUUGCUGGAGCCGGCGGACUGAUCUUAAACAAUCGCGUCAAUGGCGUGCUCGCCGUCACUCGUGCGCUGGGUGAUGCAUAUAUGAAGGAUCUCGUUACUGGACACCCAUACACUACUGAGACUGUCAUUCAGCCCGACAUUGACGAGUUCUUGAUUCUCGCUUGCGAUGGGCUUUGGGAUGUCUGCUCUGACCAGGAAGCUGUCGAUCUUGUCCGCAAUACUCAAGAUCCACAGGUUGCCGCGAAACAAUUGGUCGAGCACGCUUUGGCGAGAUUUUCGACUGACAACCUUUCAUGCAUGGUGGUACGCUUUGAUAAUAGCAAGCUCCAGGCUGUACAUGAGGAUAAAGAGAAUCGUAUUGGUGUUGAUGGCGACCCAUCUGCGAAGGCUGGCGGCAUUAGUGAGGCCGAUGCAAUUGUAAGCGAUACAAAAAGGCAUCUCGACGGUGGUGGCGAACCUCUUACUGGAAUGUCUGGUGCAACGACCAGUGACCUCAUGGACGAAGUGCAGCAGAAUCAAGAAACUGGUCCUGAACUAAAUCCAGAGGCAUUGGAAGCUGCCCGCAAG